AAAAAGUAAAAGAGAUUUAAGGUGUGUGCUAGCCUAAUCUUGUCCACAUUUUUUGUUGUUGUCUAGAUUUUGAAAUUCAUGAUAAAGUUUAUUACUUCCAUUACUCAACCUUCAUUGAUCUCCCAACAGUGUCUCCUUUUAAGAACAACAUUUGGGUAUGCUGAGUUUUGGUAACAUUUGGCAAGGGGCUUAGGGCCCACUUUGUUGUUUGGGAAAGUUAAAUGGAAAAAUUCCAAUAGCGCUGUAGCGCCAUCUGGUCACAAUUAUUUGGUUUUCGUUUCUUUUUCCGUUAACUCAUUUUCAUGCGACAUGACAAAAUCAUUUGGUAUCGCAAAAUAUUGUGCGUCAGCUACAAUAGCAUCGAUUAUCCUUCCACUGUGCAUUGCUGGAUUGCUUUGAAAUCCAUAUUUAUUAAGCAGAAAGGUCACUGCACUGACUACUUCGUUAAAAUCAUCAUCCAGUCGAACAGUACGCGUCGUUUUCAGUGAACUAGGAGAUGAAGUCUUGAUAAAUUAUCAUGGCCCUAAACCAAGCUCUUUGUUGGUAUCAACAUAAAAUCGGCGCCUACGACAAACAGAUCUGGGAAGAAACAGUUGAACAACGUAUACUUCAUGGUCUCUCGCACGUGCCAAAGAAGUCUGGCAAACUCAAGUUAGACUACAUAGAUUUGGACGUGGUUCGAGGAUCCUCUUUUCCUAAAGCUAAGCCAAAACACGGUUUGGUCUACCUUAGUCAGCUAUGUGUUCUACGUCUUCUAUUUUUACCUUUUCACCGACAUUGGUGGAUCCAGCAAACUUCCUGCGGUGUUUUUCAGCUGCUCCUGAUUCUCUAUGGAUUUCAAAUGGUCAAUAUGGUCAUAUACUUCACUAGACCUCAAGGGAUCAGCGAUCCCUCUAUUCGGAUAAACAAUGAGACAACCGACAAUCCUGAAAUAAUUUAUCACGAUGUGUCAGCGGAAGAGGUACUGGUACCCGUAUUAAUGAUGUGCAUUCUCAGCCUUCUUCUUUCGCAGAUGGUGUCCACCCAAGCUAACACUCAUUUAUCUCCUCGACGACCGAAAAGUAAAUUGCGGACUAAGCGAACUAAAAGAAGAGUUGGUCGGAGAAUAGGAACUACGCCGUCUGAUUCAAAGUCAUCCCUGGAAAAUGUUGAAACGCAAUCUCCAUCACCACCUAGUGAUCAGAAACCAGACGAUAUCAUAAUUGAGCCUAAAAUAAAGAAACGUUCUUUUUCGGAGGAGAGACAAACAUCUCGAGUCAAAAUAGGGCAACGUUCGUCAUCAUUGCAAUUGGAUUCCACACAUGUCUUACAGCAACCUUUACGCGUUUCUCAGUUAGGAGUUGCCAGGAACCAGCAGCCAGUUGUUUCCAAAAGAAAAGCUUGGUUUUUCUCAUGGCCAGUUCGCCUCGUUGUCCCUAACCGAGUCACAAUCGAAGAUGAGGGAUUUGAUAGUUUUCAUGGCAACAACUCCAGUUCAAGCGAUUGCGAAAAUGAGGAAAAUGCACUGCCUGAAAAAAUGGCCCAGUUGAAUCCCCUCGGAGUUGUGGGAUUGGCUGAGAUCAAUGCGGACGACAAAGUUGAAUCCCCAACCGAAAAUUUUAAAUUGGAAAUUAAUGGUAGUGACUCAGUUCCCAGUUGCAGUUCUGACAGUGCUGCUGACGGCCAAGCAGAGACUGCCGCAAAUGCUAUUCAGCCUCUGUUACGGAGACGGCGAAAUUUACCGUCGAUUGCUUUGAAACUCAUUCCCCCAGAAGCGAAUCAAUCUUUCGGGAUUAACUCAGAGACGGAAUCAGAACCACCCCCUCGAAACCCUAACCCCAAAUGUGUGACAAUCAUGAGCAAUGAGAGACAUUGUGAUAACUCAAUAUUGGCUGGAGAAAGUAGUUAUCAGAGUUCCUGCGAAAGCGAUGGAGACGCUCACUCUUCAAUUGCUUCUCCAAGCUAUAAGCUAUCGGAACCAAGUACACCCCUGGAUUGGACAGGAGUGACAACCAAUUCGGAGGAAUGUUCUUACAGUUCCGAGUCUCGUUCCGAGUCGGAUGAAAAUGAAACAAACCGCUUUGCCAGUGUAGUAGGUGAUAUAAAUUGGAAUGAUGAACUUGCUUUUUCGUGGGAAGCUCAUGGAACUCCUACAUUAAGUUCGUCGUCGGAUAAAGUCAGCUGUACCGUUUGGGAAGGAUUGGAGGUGAAGAAAGCUGAUCUCUCCGUUCUUGACGUAGCAGCAGCCAUCAUAGCAAAAGUAGAUGUCAUGCCGGAAAGCACGGACUACCUGUGUGGAGGUUUAGUCAUGGCAGGAAUCUUUGCUCUUUUACCCAUCAUUUAUCGAAUAAAUAGCGCCGUUGGGUCAGCCGUUGUUGACAUGCUUCAUCCAAGCUCAUUUCGCAAAGCGCUGCAUAGUACCAAUAUAAUAUGCAAUAUCCUUUUUGGAUCCUCUCGAUGGGAAAAGAUUAUUGUAGUCACUGCAGCAAUGGAGCGCUUCGCAAUGGCUGCGUUCUUUCUCUUUCUCCUAGCAGUGGCCGAGAGAACAUUCAAGCAGCGCUUCCUCUACGCGAAACUCUUCUCUCAUUUAACGUCUUCGCGCAGAGCACGAAAUUCAGACCUUCCACACUUCCGUUUGAAUAAAGUUCGGAACAUUAAAACAUGGCUUUCGGUCCGGUCUUACUUGAAGAAACGCGGCCCUCAACGUUCGGUAGAUUGCAUAGUUUCAGCGGCUUUCAUUAUCACACUUUGUUUGGUAUCGUUCUUGUGCAUGGAAUUGCUUAAGGAGUCUCAAUAUCUGCAUCAGUCUCUCUACAAUUUAGAAGUCCUCUGUUGGUGCCUAGUUUUAGGAGUGUUUUUGCUGAGGUUUAUGACACUUGGCUCCAAGAUCAACAAGAAAUAUAGGAACCUCUCAGUUUUGAUAACUGAACAAGUGAAUUAUUCUACGAAUUAUUCUUAUUUUCCCGUAUUUUCCACAUUACUAAUCUUAAUUAUUUUGGUGAAGAUAAACCUCUAUUUACAAAUGGAACAAAAACCCGACAAGAAAGAAGAAUUAAUGUUGGCAAACAAUGUGCUGAAGUUGGCUGCUGAUCUCUUGAAAGAAUUGGAGAGCCCAUUUAAAAUAUCUGGACUUUCUGCUAAUCCUUAUCUCUACAAUCUUACCAAAGUUGUGGUGCUUUCUGCGCUCUCUGGAGUUUUAUCAGAGAUGUUAGGCUUUAAAUUGAAACUACAUAAAAUUAAAAUACGUUGACUAGGCUAUUGAGUGAGGGCUAGACAGUCUUUCAUAGCUGUGGCGUUUACUCGUCCAAAUUAACGAAAUGAAUUUCAAAUAUAACAAAUUGGGUCGUAAUUCUUUCCGUCUAUUCGAUACCGUACAUCGAGUACAUCUGUAUUGUAUCUACACCUACUAACCUGCAAAGUUUGCUGGAUAAAUUUUAAAAGUUACCUAUAACAUUUUGUUAACCCAAUUAAGUGCAGAGCUUUGGCUAGUUCUAAACUUUAUAAAUAGUAGUGUUCAUGUUAACCCGAUGGAUUGAUCUGUGAUGCCGAGCUAGGUUGAAAACCGUAAUUUGAUCUUAAAUUGGAAACAUGAUAGCUAUUUGAAACAUUUAUGGAACGAUUCUGCAACAGUUGAAUGUAAUCCACAACCUAACAUAACCUAAUAGUGUUGUAAAAAUGUGUUGACGCCUUGAAUACUAUUGGUUGACUGAA